GGUCCCUGCCUGCCCUUUCUGAGUCAAGCCUGAAUUAGCGGGGAGGAAGGGAGAGCGCUCCAUGAGGGGAAUCUCCUCACGAAGGACAUUUAGGGACAUAAACUAAAGCACAGCAAGUUCCACCUCAACUUGAGGAAGAACUUCUUUAUGCGAGCGUGGAAGAGCACUGCGACAGACUUGUCCAGGGAGGGUGUGGAGUCUCCCUCUCUGGAGAAAUGCCAAACUCACCUAGACCUUCCUGUGUCACCUGCUCCAGGUGACCCUGCCUUGGCAAGGGGCUAGACUGGGUGAUCUCCAGAGAGCCCUUCCAACCCUAACGAUUCUGGGAUCUGCAAAGGCCUUCAUGAAGGCCAUUAUUAGUAAGAAAUGCUUCCUUUUGAGGGUGGUGCUGCCCUGCCACAAGUUGCCCUAAGAAGCUGUGGCUCCCCCUGGAUCCCUGGAAGUGUCCAAGGCCAAGCUGGACACGGUUUGGAGCAAACUGGGAUAGUGAAAGGUGUCCCUGCCCGUGACAGGGUGUGGAACGAGAUUCUGCUGAGGUACAGCAGCCCCUGAGACACAUCUGCCCUCGUCACCAGCUGCACAGGACUGUCAGAUACAGGAGCAAGUAACAGCAGGGUCUGUGCUCAGAGCCCUGCUGGCCCUCAGGCUGCUGCCAUCUUCCAACCCACUAAAUACAAGAGAUGCAGUGAAACAGAACCGGUUAAAAAGGUUACCAGCUGCCAGAGAAGAAGAAGGGAGCAGUUAAUAGAAUUGAAGUGUGUUCAUCUUUUUCUGCUCUGUGAUUAUGUGCUGGAACUGUAAUUUCUUCUGCUAUACAUUUGGGACAGAACUUUAGGAAUACAACCAAGGAGAAUGUCACCUGUGAGAUAAGUUAUCUAGCUCUUUUGCAGUCUCUAGAAUUAUCGUUGAAUCUCCUUGCAGUGGAAUAUUUCAGGGAUCCUGUUGGAUAUACAGAAAUACUUUGGGCUCAGCGAUGGGAAGACAGGUCUACUGCAGACAGUCUUCACCUUGUGUUACAUGCUGGCUGCCCCCAUCUUUGGAUACCUCGGAGAUCGCUACAACAGGAAGAUCAUCCUUGGAGCUGGUAUUUUCUUCUGGUCUGGUGUGACCUUGGGGAGCUCAUUCAUCACUGAGUUGCAUUAUAGGUUAUUUGUUCUUUCAAGAGGAUUGGUUGGCAUUGGCUCUGCCAGUUACUCCACUAUAGCACCUACCAUCAUUGCAGACCUGUUUGAGGAAGGAAAAAGGACCACAGUGUUAUCUAUCUUCUACAUCUUCAUUCCAGUGGGAAGUGGCUGUGGUUAUAUGCUGGCAGCUGGCGUGGCAAAAAGCACAGGUGACUGGCACUGGGCAUUCAGGGUAACUCCUUGCAUGGGAGGACUGGCACUGCUUCUCCUGAUUCUACUGGUCCCUCACAAGAUCCAGAGAAAGACAGCAGCACACAGAGCACUGAGCAUCUCUGGCAUGAUAGGAAGAGCAGAUGAGAAGCCAGAUGCACACAGAACUGCCAAGACUACUUGGUGUCAAGAUGUGGGAUCACUUAUCAAGAACUGUAGUUUUGUCUGUUCCUCACUGGGUCUGACUGCCAUGGCCUUUGUCACCGGAGCUCUGGGAAUGUGGAUGCCACUGUUUCUGUACAGAGCUCAGGUUGUCCAAGGCCUUGUCCCACCAUGCCUCCAAGACUCGUGCAAUUCCUCUAACAGCCUAAUAUUUGGAGGCAUCACCAUUGGGGCAGGAAUCGUGGGUAUUAUUGCUGGGGCAGAAGCUGCAAGACGUUUAAGGAAGAUAAACAACAAAGCUGAUCCUCUGAUCUGUGCCUCAAGCAUGUUCAUUUCUGCCCUGUGCCUCUACAUAGCUCUGAUGGUGGCCCAGACAAACAUCCUUUCCACUUUUAUAUUUAUUGCAUUUGGAGAAUUGUUUUUGUCUGUAAACUGGGCUGUUGUGACAGACAUACUGCUGUACGUGGUGACACCAAGGCGACAGUCCACAGCCAUCGCCCUGCAGAUUUUGGUGAGCCAUUUGCUGGGAGAUGCAGGCAGCCCAUACCUCAUCGGGGUUAUCUCCAACGCUAUCCAGGCCAGGAACAUCCCAUCGCUGCAGUGGAGUUUCCGGAGCAUGCAGUACAGCUUUGUCACCUGUGCUUUUGUUGGGGUCUUUGGAGGAGGCUUUUUCCUCCUGACAUCUUUCUACGUCGAGGAAGAUCGGAAAGAAGCACAGAGGCUCUGAGGUGUCUGUGUGUCUUUAUAAUUUUGAAACUCAGAUGUGGUGACCUGCUGGACACCAGCCAUGGUAUUGUCUCUGUAACAUUAAACCAUGUUAAUGUCUGCCUUAUGGUAAUGCCACAUCAGUCUCUAUUAAAAAGAGAAGGGCAAAAUCCCAGUGAAGUCUCAGAUUAAACAAACCUUCCACAUUGACCAAAACAGACCACACAGCUCACAAGCAAAAUUGCUGUUAGUGCAAAAUGCUGCAGUACAUGGAAGUAACAUUCUUUACUGUAAUGCAUCCCUGCAGACUUCAUGGAACAUGAGGUUCUUUCUCUACUCUGAUCUUUCUCAGCCCUGUAGAACCAGUCCUGUUUCUCUGUAGCACUUCUCCCUCUUCCCUAAAAGAAAUCAUGUUCAAAGUAUAAAAGAUUUAGAAAAAACUUUUGAAUUGGACAGAGCCCUGUCCUCAAGCACCUGGAUUCUUACAGCCCUCUUCUGCUCGGACUUGGUUUUCCAGGUACC